GGAAAGCUGAGCAGCACUGACACACCAUGAAGCAAGGGUGAGAGGCACUUUGGAGUGGAAAAUCCUGGAAUAAGCAACUUUUUUGGGGGUUCGCUCAGGGGUCUCACAUUGGGUGCUUUGAAACAAAGACAAUAAAAGGGAAACUCAGAUAAAAGACCAAAAUGAGGAAACACCGACAUUUGCCCUUCGUGGCAUUGUUUUGCCUCCUACUCUCAGGCUUUUGCUCGGUUGGUGCCCAGCAGCAAGCAGCUGUCAAAACCGUUGCUGUGGCUGAUAUAAUAUUUCUAGUGGAUUCCUCUUGGAGCAUUGGGAAGGAACAUUUCCAACUCGUUCGAGAGUUUCUGUAUGAUGUUGUAAAAGCUUUAGAUGUGGGAGGAAAUGAUUUUCGCUUUGCCCUGGUCCAGUUCAGCGGAAACCCCCACACAGAGUUCCAGUUAAAUACCUACCCCUCUACCCGAGACGUCCUGUCCCAUAUUGCCAACAUGCCUUACGUGGGGGGAGGCACCAAGACUGGAAAAGGAUUAGAGUACCUAAUCGAGAACCAUCUCACAAAAGCUGCUGGAAGCAGAGCCAGUGAAGGCAUCCCCCAGGUUAUUAUAGUGUUAACGGACGGACGAUCCCAGGAUGAUGUGGCUCUGCCAUCAUCUGUCCUUAAAUCGGCCCGUGUAAACAUGUUUGCGGUCGGCGUGCAGAAUGCAGUGGAAGGGGAGUUAAAGGAAAUAGCGAGCGAACCCUUCGAUACGCACCUUUUCAACCUAGAGAAUUUUACCGCUCUCCACGGCAUAGUUGGAGACUUAGUGGCGAGUGUCCAUUCAUCCAUGACUCCAGAAAAGGCUGGGGCCAAAGGACUGGUUAAAGACAUCACAGCUCAAGAGUCCGCUGACCUUAUUUUCCUUAUUGACGGAUCAAACAACAUCGGAAGUGUCAAUUUUCAAGCCAUACGUGAUUUCCUUGUAAAUUUGAUUGAAAGCCUCAGAGUUGGAGCUCAGCAAAUACACAUUGGGGUGGUGCAGUAUAGUGAUCAACCCAGAACCGAGUUCGCUUUGAACAGCUACUCCACAAAAGCGGAUGUUCUGGAUGCCGUGAAGGCACUUAGUUUCCGCGGUGGCGAGGAAGCGAACACCGGUGCGGCACUGGAGUUUGUGGUGGAGAACCUCUUCACCCAGGCGGGAGGCAGCAGGAUAGAGGAAGCGGUGCCUCAGAUUUUAGUGCUGAUAAGUGGUGGAGAGUCUAGUGAUGAUAUCCGAGAGGGCUUGUUAGCGGUGAAGCAAGCUAGUAUAUUUUCGUUUAGCAUUGGGGUCCUGAAUGCUGACAGUGCAGAGCUGCAGCAGAUUGCUACUGAUGGAAGCUUCGCAUUUACUGCCCUGGAUAUCCGUAACCUUGAUGCUCUUCGAGAAUUGUUACUGCCCAACAUUCUUGGAGUGGCCCAAAGACUCAUUUUGUUAGAGGCCCCAACCAUUGUGACUGAAGUUAUUGAAGUGAACAAGAAGGAUAUAGUCUUCCUGAUAGAUGGCUCCACUGCUUUGGGGCCCAGCCCCUUUAACGCAAUUCGUGAUUUCGUUGCCAAAAUUGUCCAAAGGCUGGAGGUUGGACCCGACCUGAUCCAAGUCGCGGUGGCGCAGUACGCAGACACUGUGAAGCCAGAGUUUUAUUUUAACACCCACCAGACCAGAAAGGAUGUGAUGGCCAACGUAAAGAGAAUGAAGCUCAUGGGUGGUACGGCACUCAACACUGGCUCGGCACUGGACUUUGUGAGGAGCAACUUCUUCACCAGUGCUGCUGGGUGCAGGAUGGAGGAAGGGGUGCUCCCCAUGCUGGUGCUCAUCACUGGCGGUAAGUCCAGGGAUGCCGUUGACCAAGCCGCAGCGGAGAUGAAAAGGAACCGGAUAGUGAUCCUUGCCAUUGGGUCGAGAAACGCCGACCUGGCAGAACUUCAAGAAAUUGCCCAUGAGAGAGAUUUUGUGUUCAACCCGAAUGACUUCCGCGUUCAGUUCAUGCAAGCCAUUCUUCCUGAAGUGCUGUCGCCUAUCCGGACGCUCUCUGGAGGACUGAUCAUCCAAGAACCACCAUCAGUUCAAGUAACCAAAAGGGAUAUCAUCUUUCUUUUGGAUGGAUCACUCAACGUCGGAAAUGCCAACUUCCCCUUUGUGCGUGACUUUGUUGCCACCCUAGUUAACUACCUUGAUGUCGGCAGUGACAAAAUCCGAGUUGGCUUAGUGCAAUUUAGCGACACUCCUAAAACCGAGUUCUUUCUAUACUCGUACCAAACCAAAUCAGACAUAAUUCAACGUAUGGGGCAGCUGAGGCCCAAGGGGGGGUCAGUGCUGAACACUGGCUCUGCACUGAACUUUGUGCUUUCGAAUCACUUCACGGAAGCUGGUGGGAGCAGAAUAAAUGAACAAGUGCCGCAGGUCCUAGUCCUGGUGACGGCAGGGAGGUCUGCCGAUCCCUUCUUGCAAGUUUCCAAUGAAUUAGCUCGGGCCGGAGUGCUGACUUUUGCUGUUGGAGUUAGGAGUGCGGAUAAGGCAGAACUUGAACAGAUUGCCUUUAAUCCAAGAAUGGUAUAUUUUAUGGAUGAUUUCAGUGCUCUGGCAGCUUUACCCCAGGAGUUAAAUAAGCCUAUAACAACAUAUGUUAGUGGAGGUGUGGAAGAGGUUCCACUCGCCCCAACAGAAAGCAAGAAAGAUAUUUUAUUCCUGAUUGAUGGCUCAGCCAACCUCUUGGGUAGCUUUCCUGCCGUCCGGGACUUUGUACACAAAGUAAUUUCUGACCUGAACGUGGGUCCUGAUGCCACACGGGUAGCUGUGGCUCAAUUCAGUGACACCAUCCAAGUUGAAUUUGACUUUGCUGAACUCUCAUCUAAGCAAGACAUGCUUCUCAAAGUGAAAAGAAUGAAGAUAAAAACCGGGAAGCAACUGAACAUUGGAGCUGCACUAGAUGAAGCUAUAAGGAGGCUGUUUGUGAAGGAAGCUGGAAGCAGGAUCGAAGAAGGGAUUCCUCAGUUUUUGGUCCUCCUUGCUGCUGGGAGAUCAAACGACGAUGUGGAGCAACCGUCAGACGCUCUGAAGCAAGCUGGAGUUGUGACCUUUGCUAUCAAAGCCAAAAAUGCUGACCCUGUAGAGCUAGAAAGGAUUGUUUAUGCCCCGCAAUUCAUUCUGAACGUCGACUCCCUCCCUCGGAUUUCAGAGCUUCAGCCAAACAUAGUCAACCUGUUGAAAACUAUCCAGCUUCAGCCAACAGGUACAGGGACCCCCGGGAGAGGUGAGAAGAAGGAUGUGGUAUUUCUAAUCGACGGCUCGGAUGGUGUCAGAAGAGGUUUCCCUCUACUGAAGACCUUUGUCCAAAGAGUGGUUGAAAGCCUGGAUAUUGGUCGUGACAAGGUCCGUGUUGCCGUUGCACAGUACAGCAAUGUCAUACAACCCGAGUUCUUACUCGACACCCAUGAAGACAAAGCAGAUCUCAUCAGUGCCAUCCAGGAGCUGAAGGUUAUGGGAGGAUCUCCUCUGAACACUGGAGCAGCUCUUGACUAUCUCAUCAAGAACGUCUUCACAGUGUCGAGUGGCAGCAGGAUAGCGGAGGGCGUCCCGCAGUUCCUGAUUCUGUUGACUGCUGACCGGUCCCAAGACGAUGUGAGGAGGCCCUCGGUGGUCCUGAAGACAAGUGGCACAGUGCCCUUCGGCAUUGGGAUUGGAAAUGCCGACCUCACAGAGCUGCAGACGAUUUCCUUCCUCCCGGAUUUUGCUAUCUCUGUGCCUGACUUCAGCCAGCUGGAUACAGUGCAGCAGGUCGUCUCGAACAGAGUCAUCCGGCUGACCAAGAAAGAGAUAGAGUCACUUGCCCCUGAUCUGGUUUUUACAUCACCCAGCCCAGCGGGUGUGAAGAGGGACGUCGUGUUCAUGGUUGACGGCUCCCGCUAUGCGGCCCAGGAGUUCUACCUUGUCCGCGAUCUCAUUGAGAGGAUAGUGAACAACCUGGACGUGGGCUUUGACACCACCCGGAUUUCGGUGGUCCAGUUCAGCGAGCAUCCCCACGUGGAGUUCCUGCUCAACGCCCACUCCACCAAGGACGAGGUGCAGAGUGCCGUCAGACGGCUGCGGCCACAGGGUGGCCAGCAGGUCAACGUGGGGGAGGCCCUUGAAUUUGUGGCAAAGACCAUCUUCACCCGGCCCUCCGGGAGCCGCAUAGAGGAGGGCGUCCCUCAGUUUUUGAUCAUCCUCUCCUCCCGCAAGUCUGACGAUGACUUAGAGUACCCAUCACUCCAAGUCAAACAAGUGGGGGUGGCACCUAUGGUGGUAGCGAAGAAUGUGGAUCCUGAGGAGAUGGUACAGAUUUCCCUUAGUCCCGAUUAUGUAUUCCAAGUCUCCAGUUUCCAGGAACUGCCCAGCCUUGAGCAGAAGCUGCUGACUCCUAUUGAAACCCUGACUGGGGAUCAAAUCAGACGGCUGCUGGGAGAUGUGCAACCCCCCAUAGAUAUUUCUGGUGAUGAAAAGGACAUAGUCUUCCUUAUUGACAGCUCCGACAGCGUUAGGCCCGAUGGGCUUGCUCACAUACGGGAUUUCAUCAGCAGAAUUGUUCAGCAGCUGGAAGUUGGGCCAAACAAAGUACGAAUCGGCGUGGUGCAGUUCAGCAAUAACGUAUUCCCUGAGUUCUAUCUGAAGACCCACAAGUCCAAAAAUGCCGUCCUGCAAGCCAUCCGCCGCUUGAGGCUUAGAGGGGGGUCCCCUGUGAAUGCUGGCAAAGCCCUAGACUACGUGGUAAAGAACUACUUCAUCAAGUCUGCAGGGAGCAGGAUAGAAGAUGGAGUGCCCCAGCACCUAGUUGUCAUCCUCGGAGACCGGUCCCAGGAUGACGUGAACAGGCCUGCUAAUGUGAUCACUUCAACCAGCAUUAAACCUCUGGGUGUCGGAGCCAGGAACGUGGACAGGGGCCAGCUGCAGGUCAUUACCAACGACCCUGAGCGCGUGCUUGUGGUACAGGACUUCACAGGACUCCCAACUAUAGAAAAGAAGGUGCAGAGCAUUCUUGAAGAGCUUCCGAUACCUACAACAGAAACCCCUGGAUUUUUAGGACCUGGUAAAAAGCAAGCUGACAUUGUGUUUUUGCUGGAUGGCUCCAUCAAUCUGGGGAGGGAUAACUUCCAAGAAGUUCUCCAGUUUGUCUACUCUGUGGUGGAUGCCAUUUAUAGGGAUGGUGACUCUAUCCAGGUAGGACUGGCCCAGUACAACUCAGAUGUCACCGAUGAGUUUUUCCUCAAGGACUACUCCACCAAACCUCAGAUUUUAGAUGCCAUUAACAAAGUAAUCUACAAAGGCGGCCGAGUGGCAAACACCGGCUCAGCCAUCAAGCACAUCCAGGCAAAACAUUUUGUGAAGGAGGCCGGCAGCCGAAUCGACCAAAGGGUGCCCCAGAUUGCCUUCAUUGUCACGGGUGGGAAGUCCUCAGAUGAUGGGCCGAGUGCCUCCUUGGAAAUUGCACAGAAAGGCGUCAAGGUAUUCGCAGUCGGCGUGAGAAACAUUGACCUGAAGGAAGUCAGCAGGCUGGCCAGUGAAAGCGCCACCAGUUUCAGAGUGUCCACAGCCCAGGAGCUGUCUGAGCUAAAUGAGCAGGUCCUGGUUACGCUGGAAGCUGCUAUGGAGGAGAAAUUGUGCCCAGGAACGACAGACGUUACAAGAGAUUGCGACUUAGAUGUGAUACUUGGCUUUGACGUCACGGAUGUCGGGCCCGGCCAAAAUAUAUUUAAUUCCCAGAGAGGUCUGGAGUCCAGAGUCGAGUCCGUGCUGAACAGAAUAACGCAGAUGCAGAAGAUCAGCUGCACCGGCAACCAGGCGCCAAACGUCAGGGUAGCCAUCAUGGCCCAGGCUCGGGGGGGACCCGUGGAGGGACUGGACUUCUCCGAGUACCAGCCUGAGCUAUUUGAGAGGUUUCAAGGCAUGCGCACCCGAGGGCCGUAUUUUCUCACGGCGGAUACGCUGAGGUCCUACCUGAACAAAUUCAGAUCCGCGCCCUCUGGCAGCACCAAGGUCAUAAUCCAUUUUACUGAUGGUGCAGAUGACUCGAUAGAUCAGCUGGAGGCUGCUUCGUCUGCUUUGCAUACUGAAGGUGUCAACGCUCUCAUCUUCGUCGGGCUGGACCGAGUGAGCAAUUUUGACAAAGUGAUGCAGCUGGAGUUUGGUCGUGGGUUCACCUACAACAGACCUCUCAGAGUUAAUCUGUUGGACUUGGAUUUCGAGCUGGCAGAGCAGCUCGACAACAUCGCCGAGAGGACAUGCUGCAAGGUCCCAUGCAAGUGCUCAGGGCAGAGAGGGGACAGAGGUGUGCCAGGACCCAUAGGACCAAAGGGUGCCACGGGUGAUCUUGGCUACGGAGGCUAUCCUGGUGAUGAAGGAGGACCGGGUGAGCGUGGACCAGCGGGUGUGAACGGGACGCAGGGUUUCCAGGGAUGCCCCGGGCACAGAGGAACCAAGGGUUCUCGGGGAUUCCCAGGAGAGAAGGGUGAACUGGGAGAAAUGGGUCUGGAUGGCAUUGAUGGAGAAGAGGGAGACAAGGGUUUGCCCGGCUCCUCUGGAGAGAAGGGAUACUCCGGCAGGAGGGGUGAUAAGGGAGUUAAAGGCGGACGAGGAGAACGAGGUGACCGUGGGCUCCGUGGAGACCCGGGAGAUUCAGGAGCUGAUAAUACUCAACGGGGAUCCAGAGGUCAAAAGGGUGAAAUUGGACCAAUGGGAGAGCCGGGACCGGUGGGGCUGGGCGGCCAAGAUGGUGGAGUCGGGAGGAAGGGUAUGGCAGGACGAAGGGGAUCGAUAGGAAUUAAGGGUACCAAGGGCUCGCUCGGUCAAGCGGGGCCAGCUGGAGAACAAGGCAUGAGAGGGCCACAGGGUCCGCCCGGCCAGCUUGGCACGCCAGGCAUAAGAGGAGAGCAGGGCGUUCCUGGACCCCGGGCCGGUGGUGGACCCCCAGGAACCCCAGGAGAGCGGGGCAGGAUCGGUCCCCUGGGGCGAAAGGGUGAGCCUGGAAACCCUGGACCCAAAGGGCCAAAUGGACAGCAGGGCCCACGAGGAGAGAUGGGUGAUGAUGGACAAGAUCAAAUUGGUGGCCCAGGGCCUAAAGGCAGAAAGGGAGAACGCGGCUUCAUAGGCUACCCAGGGCCCAAGGGUGGACCUGGUGACCGUGGUGGUGCUGGAGGUCCCGGCCCUAAAGGAAACAGAGGCCGCAGAGGAAAUGCAGGCGAUCCUGGGACACCCGGUCAGAAAGGAGAGGUUGGAUACCCUGGACCAUCUGGACUUAAAGGCGAUAAAGGAGAAUCCAGAGAUCAAUGUGCGCUUGUGCAGAACAUCAAAGACAAAUGCCCUUGCUGCUACGGUCCCAAGGAGUGCCCUGUCUUCCCAACCGAGCUGGCCUUCGCUAUUGACACCUCCUCAGGUGUCGUGAGGGAUGUUUUCAACAGGAUGAAGCAAACCGUGCUCAGAGUGGUCAAUAACUUAACCAUCGCUGAGAGCAACUGUCCUCGGGGUGCCCGGGUGGCUCUGGUCACCUACAACAACGAGGUCACCACAGAGAUCCGCUUUGCUGAUGCCAGGAAGAAAUCGAGCCUCGUUCAGCAGAUCCAAAACUUCCAGGCGACCCUGACCACGAAACCACGCAGCCUGGAGACCGCUAUGUCCUUUGUGGCCAGGAAUACCUUCAAGCGUGCCCGAAGCGGCUUCCUUAUGAGGAAGGUGGCUGUCUUUUUCAGCAACGGGGACACAAGAGCCUCUCCCCAGCUCAACGACGCCGUGCUGAAGCUCUACGAUGCCGGGGUCGUGCCUGUGUUCCUCACCAGCAGGCAGGACCCAGUUCUCACCAGAGCUCUUGAGAUCAACAACACAGCGGUUGGACAUGCGAUUGUUCUUCCAACCAGUGGUAGUCAGCUGAAUGAAACUAUCCAGAGGCUCUUGACGUGUCACAUUUGUCUGGAUGUGUGUGACCCUGAUCCCACCUGUGGUGUUAGUACUCAAAGACCUGUAUUCAGAGACAGAAGGGCAACCCCAACAGAUGUAGACACUGACAUAGCCUUCAUCAUGGAUAGCUCAGAGUCCACCACCCCUCUGCAGUUCAACGAGAUGAAGAAGUACAUUUCCCACCUCGUAAGUAACCUGGAGAUCAGCUCUGAGCCAAAAGUAUCUCAGCACCACGCAAGAGUCGCAGUUCUCCAGCAAGCUCCUUAUGAAUACGAAACCAACUCAAGCUUCCCACCAGUAAAAACUGAGUUUUCACUAACUGAUUAUGGAUCCAAAGAGAAGAUCAUUAAUUACCUUCACAACCAAAUGACCCAGCUCCAUGGCACAAGGGCUAUAGGAAGUGCAAUUGAACACACAAUGGCUCAUAUUUUUGAAAGUGCACCAAACCCUCGGGAUCUAAAAGUCAUAGUUCUGAUGAUGACCGGAAAAGUGAAUAAACAAGAACUUGAGUAUCUGCAAAGGGUUGUUAUUAAUGCAAAAUGCAAAGGGUACUUCUUUGUUGUCUUGGGCAUUGGCAGGAAGGUGAAUGCCAAGAAUGUCUAUAGCCUAGCUAGCGAGCCAAAUGACGUGUUCUUCAAAUUGGUCGAUAAACCAGGAGAGCUUCGUGAAGAGCCCUUACUACGUUUUGGGAGACUGCUGCCAUCUUUUAUCAGAAGUGACUUCGCUUUCUACCUGUCUCCAGAGAUAAGGAAACAGUGCGAGUGGUUCCAGAGUGAUCAGCAAGCCAAGAGCCAGAGCCCCGGGCACGUCGGGCGCAAAGCAGUGUACGUGGCACCCAACGCAACCAUAAGCCGGACCAUCAGUACCAGCACCACGGUCAGUACGAGCAUCAAGCCUGUUGCGAGCACCAACACCCGCGCCAGAACCACCACUGCCAGCACCACGGCCCAGACCAGAGCCACCGACCAGACCACAGCCAGCACCGUGGUCCAGGUGAAUGCCACCACGCAGAGUGCAGCAAGCACUGCUGCCCACACCAAAGCCACCGGCCGCACCACCACGAGUACCGCAGCCGCCGCGGCAGGCGGCAGGAGAAGACAAGGCGCAAAGACCCACGACAUCCAGAUCACAGACGUCACCGAGAACAGUGCCAGGCUGCGCUGGGCCAGCCCCGAGCCACACAACGCCUAUGCUUUUGAUAUCACCGUCACCUUAGCGCAUGACCACUCUCUCGUGCAGAAGCAAAACCUGACCGGCACUGAGCACAUCAUCCGAGGACUCAGAAGCGGACAGAAAUACCUUGUCGUCAUUACAGGCUAUCAGAAAUCCCAACCCAAAGUAACCUACACAGGGACAUUCAGUACAAAGACCCCGGCGCAGGCCAAGGUGUCCGUGGCCAACAUGAUGCUCAACACUGAGCCGCUGGAAGGGCCUGAGAGUGAUUGGCCAGACCCUUGCUUGCUGGACUUUGACAUGGGCAUGCAGUGCAAGGACUAUCAGAUUGUGUGGUUCUUUGACUACAAAAACAAGAUCUGCAGCCAGGGUUGGUAUGGUGGCUGCGGUGGUAAUGCCAAUAGAUUUGAGGCCGAAGCUGAGUGCGUUAGCAAAUGCUUAAAACCAUCAGCAGCUGAGAAAGCCAUGCAGCAGCCACCCCUUGAGAAAAGAUUAUCGUCAGUCACGGAUAUCUGCCGGCUGCAAAAAGACGAGGGGACCUGCAGGAACUUUGUGCUGAAAUGGUACUACGACCCGGAGACCAAGAGCUGUGCCCGGUUCUGGUACGGCGGCUGCGGAGGCAACGAGAACAGAUUUAACACGCAGAAAGAAUGUGAAAAAGUUUGCGUCCCUGGUAACAUCAACCCUGGUGUGGUGACGACGAUAGGAACAUAGAGCCAGCGACCUGUCAACACAUACCUCUGAGACAGCCAGGAGCAUCAGCCCUUGCCACCUUACCCCUAUAGAAGCUAAGGGUAUAGACUACCUUGCACUGUACUAUUUCAUGCUUUUAACUUCCAAGCAAACCUUGAAGAAAGGGUUUUGCUGCAUGACCUAUCAAUAUGGUGCUAAACUGUUUGUGGACUGAGUGCUACAUGUGUCUGGGUUAUAUUGUAUAGCUUCAACAUUACCAAAUAUUUACCUAAUUGCAGAUUGUUCUUGUGUCUGAACACAUCUCUAAAUUACCCUUUCUUUCCGAUUCCGGCAGUCUGCCUGUCUAAGGCAACAUAAAAAUGAGACAAAAAAAAAAAAUCAUAAUAAUUUCACUGCAACUGUUACAUGCUUGCUUUUAUCGUUUUCAUAACUGAGCAUAACUUUACAGGGGAAGCCUUCGUGUAAGAGAGUAGCUAAUUCUGAUAAACAAGUGGUUCAAUUGUUCAUUCUUCCUUUUUUUAUUUGACUUUUUUUUUUCUCCUUUUGCUGGAUUAGAUUUCAAACUAGAUCUCUUGUUAUGCAUUUGUAACAUACGUGGCCAACCAAACUAGCAAGGAAAAGGAAGCAAGGUUUCCAAAUGCAAAUGCACUGCUGGGACCAAGGCCUCAGUUAACAAAUUUUUAAAUUGUGGUGUAGGAUGCCUCUGGCAUUUUUCUGAUGUUCUAUGUUUUAUAAAACACAAAGCAAAGCAAUUUGGGGAG